GCGGCGAGGCCCCUCCCCUCCCUUCCCGUCCCGGCGCUGGGCGGAGGCCGCGGCGUGGUGCAGCGAUGCCCAAGGCCAAGGGGAAGGCGCGGCGGCAGAAAUAUUCCUACAACCUCAACCGCAAGCGGCUCUACCGCAGCGCCCGCCGCCGCGCCGCCCCCCGUAUCGCCUGCUCGCACAUCCGCCAUGCCUGGGAUCCCGCCAAGUCGGUGGCACAGAACCUGGCCGAGAUGGGCCUGGCCGAGGAUCCCAACAAGGCCGUGCCCAUCCCCAAGAAGAAGAUGUUGGGGAUGGAAGUGGAAAGCGAUGGACGGGAACAAGGAGGGAAAAUCAUUCGGAAGCCUUACGUGGUGAACGAGAUGGAAUAUGAGGCCAGUCUCCCCGAGAAGAAGUCAAACACGCUGUCACGAGACCUCAUUGAUUACGUGCGGUACAUGAUACAGAACCAUGGGGAGAACUACAAGGAAAUGGCUCUAGAUGAGAAGAACUACUACCAAGAUACCCCCAAGCAGAUUAAGAGAAAAAUCAACGUGUACAAGAAUUUCUAUCCUGAGGAGUACAAGGAUUUCAUUGCAUCACUUAAGCAGGAAAAGAUGGAUGUACAGUGACUCCUCUUUUUGCUCAGGUUUGCCUGCAAGUGCAGUUUUGACAUAACCAUUUUAUGAACUGAGUGGGAACUGGCAGACAGGUGACAGUCCAUCACAGGCUGAGUGCCUGCAAGUUGAGCUACACAAAGCCUCUGGCAAUGAAGGAAAGACCUUCAUUAGUCAGACAGUUAUAACCAGGCACAAAAGAUUCUUGGCUCUGGCUGGUUGGGAUUGAAUGUGCUGUGCUGCUCCCUUUCUUUGUGGCAGCCACCACUUCUUUUGCUUUUUUAAAAUAAAUUUCUCUUUCAGGCUGGCAUGAA